AGUCACAAAAACAACAGCUUUGGCCAAGACCGUGACUUCUGGAAAGAGAACCCAGGCCCUGGCAGUCAGCCCCCUCCCCAUGGAGGACAGUUUUCUUGAAUCCUUCGGGAGGCUGAGCCUCCAACAGCAGCAGCAGCAGCAGCAGCAACAGCAGCAGCAGCAGCAGCCUGCUCGGCCGCCCCCACGGGGGACACCUCCGCGUCGCCACAGCUUUAGGAAACAUCUCUACCUCCUGCGCGGCCUCCCGGGCUCGGGGAAAACCACACUGGCCAGGCAGUGUUCUAGGUACUUGGGAAUCACCAGUGAACAAAAUAAAGAUCCUGCCCAGGUGGACCUUAUAUACCAGAGACAAUUGCAACAUGACUUUCCCAGGGCCCUGAUUUUCAGCACGGAUGAUUUUUUCUUCAGGGAAGACGGUGCCUAUGAGUUCAAUCCUGACUUCCUGGAGGAAGCUCACGAAUGGAACCAGAAAAGAGCAAGAAAAGCAAUGAGGAAUGGCAUAACCCCCAUUAUAAUUGAUAAUACCAACCUGCACGCCUGGGAAAUGAAGCCCUAUGCAGUCAUGGCACUUGAAAAUAACUAUGAAGUUAUAUUCCGAGAACCUGACACUCGCUGGAAAUUCAACGUUCAAGAGUUAGCAAGAAGAAACAUUCACGGAGUCCCAAGAGAAAAAAUACACCGAAUGAAAGAACGGUAUGAACACGAUGUUACCUUUCACAGUGUACUUCAUGCAGAAAAACCGAGCAGAAUGAGCAGGAACCAGGACAGGAAUAAUGCAUCACCUUCCAACGGCGGAGGAUACUGGAAUACCUACUCUGAGUUUCCAAACCGGAGAGCGCAUGGCGGUGGCUUCGCACACGAGAGCUCCUUUAGCAGAAGGGGAGGCUGUCACCAUGGGUAUUAGAAGCCCGUCUGACAGCCAUGGAGAAUUUUCCUAAAUAAGUUUUUACUUCGAUUUUUGGUAUUUAUUUUUUGUUCACAUUUUAGUCAGAGCUCUAAUUCCAGUGUAAAUAUUUGAACCCCCAAGUUUCUGAGCAGAGGUCAUUAUAUUCAUCACCUUCAACACACAUUGUUACAGUGCACCCAUACGCAUGGUCUGAGGCUGGAGAGUCUGCAAGUUGGAUUAAAGUGUCUUUCUCCAGGGAGAGAACUGGAAACUAAAAUCCAAGAAUGUAAUCAGUGACAUAGGUUCAUAAAUGAAACCGUGUUUAUAUACAUAAGCUUCAGUACCACUGUCUCUGAAGUAACCCAUUUACUAUUUCAGGAAAUUUCAUCUCCAUCAGGGAAGUUUGAAAGAUGGGGGAAAACAAGAGGCGGAAACUGCUUAGUGCCAUUGCUACCUUGAUAUAUUAAAAUCCUUAGGACUCUAAUGAUACUGCUUUUCCUUUAAAAGUAACACCCUAGCAAGUAUACACACAAGGGCAUUUGUCCUUCAAAGUGGACACUUUGAGAAGCUACUCCUUUAUUUUAAUGAAACAUCAAGGUUAAAAAAACAUCAAAUCCUUAAUAAGGGAUACAAGCUACUUAAGGAAACUGAGUAUCAUUAGGGUCACACCUUUUGUUUAAUUGCUUUAGCAGUAUCAGACUUAACUUUUGGCUAUUGUCUAAGUGUAAGCAAAAUAAACCUGCCUUCAUAAAACACGUUUUUAACAGGAAAUAUUAAAACGAUUCCUAAAGUUGUGCCUAUAAAUUUGUAUGAUUAGUUGGCAAACCAGAUGUUUGUAUGCAAGGAAUGUAGCAGACAAGCAUUUGAUCCAGUGAGGAUGUGUGAAAGCCAUGCUCACUGCAAGAUGAGCAGUGUUGGUAGUUUCUGCAGUAUUAUCUGACACAAUAGGGUUCCAUCACACUCUGGAAUGACCCUCUUAGACCAGAACUUAAAUUAUGAAUCCAGGGUAAUCCCAACAGGUUCUCAUCAAAUGUGUGAGGCUAUGAUAAACAAGACCAUGUAGAUGUAUGCUCUCUUGUUGGCCAACAGCUUCUUUCUAAUGUUGUGAUAUAUUAUUUUAAGUGUCUUAUAUAAUGGUGCUUUUAUGGUUAUUAAAUUGUAUAUGGUAUUGCAUUUA